AUGCAUCCUUCGUCAACUUCCCCGCAUCGUGCCGAAACGCACACACCAACAUCACCAGAUGACAACUCCGUCACAAGUCAAGGUAUGGUCGCUCGUUCGAAGUCAAAGGACGAGGCAGCCAAACCAGCAAGUCUCAGUAGUUAUGCAAGGAUUCUAUCAUAUGGUGCCUCUCAUGGGGGCAUUUACAUUAUGAUUCUAGGACUGGUUUGUGCCAUGGCUUCGGGAAUUGCUCUUCCGUUGAUGAACAUUGUCUUUGGCCAGCUCGUCGGCACCUUCAAUGAGUACUUUAUUCCGGGAUCAGGUAUCACAGAGCAAUCAUUCAAGUCCUCCGUCAACCAAAACAGCUUGUAUAUUGUGUAUUUAUUUAUCGGAAAGUUCUGUCUGACUUACAUAUCUAUGUUUUGUUUUCGAUUGACUAGCCUCCGCGCUUCGGGCGCCCUGCGACUGGAGUACACCCAGGCUCUCUUUUCACUUCCUAUGAGCAAGCUGGACGAGAUGUCAGUCGGAACUGUCACACAUGCGAUUACGGCGCUGUCAAAUACGAUCCAGCAAAGUGUUUCCGAUCGACUGGCCAUUCUGUUCCAGUCACUCGCCUUGCUCAUUUCAGCUUAUGCGAUCGCAUUCCGUUAUUCUUGGGCACUGACUCUUGUUGUCAGUUCGGCCAUUGUAUUUGUGAUCCUUGGCUUUAGCCUGACAGUGCCGUUUUUGGUGAAGGCCCAGCAGAGUGUGGACAAAGCGGAUGAGAAGCAUGCGGCCCUCGCUGCAGAAGUAUUCGGCUCUAUUCGGACAGUGUUCGCCCUGGGUGCUGAGCAACCACUCCUCAGAAGGUAUACACGGUGGGUGGAGGAAGCACGAAAACGUGGCCUGCGUAUGUCUUUAGUCAGUGGAAUUCACCUUUCAAUGCUCUUCUUUGCCAUGUAUGUCAGCUUCGCCCUGGCCUUCUGGUUUGGGUUGAAGCUGUAUCGCGAAGGCCACAUUGCUAAUAUUAACACGGUAAUCACGGUAUUCUUUUCCGUGCUCCUCGUGGUCACUAUUUUGGGAGGCAUUGCGGGGCCAUUGAUGGCCAUCUCGAAGGCCAUAAGUGCAUCAGGUGCCUUUUUCGGUGUCAUUGAUUCCAAAAGGGAUGAUCCACCUGGAAUUCGGGAGCCGGAGGUAUCCAGCCAUGCUGAUAUCGUGUUUCAGGACGUGACGUUUGCCUAUCCCACACGACCAGAAAUGACCGUGCUUAAGGGAUUUCAUGCACGAUUUGAGCGAAAUAAAACCACGGCUCUGGUCGGACCCUCCGGUUCGGGGAAAAGCACUAUUGUCGCUAUGAUUGAGCGAUGGUAUCAACUUCAGUCCGAGGAAGAUGAAGAGGCCACUUCGGGUCAAAUCCAUGUGGGAGAUUACAACAUCAAUGACUUGGAUGUGAAGUGGUGGCGAUCCCAAAUUGGACUUGUUCAGCAAGAGCCGUUCUUGUUCAAUGAUUCAAUAUACAACAAUGUCGCUUUUGGUCUGAUCGGGUCGCAGUGGGAGAAUGAUACAGAACCUGUGAAGAUGGAACUCAUCACCGCAGCUUGCAAGCAAGCCUUUGCAGAUGAAUUUAUCGACCGCCUUCCCACGGGUUACUCGACCGUUGUUGGCGAAGGUGGAAUCACAUUGAGUGGCGGACAGCGCCAAAGAAUUGCCAUCGCGCGGAGUAUCGUCAGCCAACCCCAAAUUCUCAUUCUCGAUGAAGCGACGAGCUCGAUUGAUAUUCAAGGAGAAAGGAUUGUGCAAGCAGCCCUGGAUCGUGUGUCCAAAGAUCGCACUACAAUCAUGAUAGCUCAUCGCUUGUCCACCGUCCGCCGCGCCGACAAGAUCAUCGUCAUGAAAGACGGCCAGAAUUGUGAAGAAGGUUCUCACGAAGAGUUGAUGCUCAAGGAAGAGAUAUACCAUAGCUUGGUUCAUGCGCAGCAGCUAGAGCCACUGACAGAUUUGAUGGAUGCCGACGUGCCGGAUUCGAUUCCUUCUGCGAAGGAAGAAGUCAGGGCUCAAGUUCACACCACUAAAGAAGGCGACGAUCCAGAUUGCCAGGAUAGUCCCGAGCCCGAAAGAGGCUUCGGCUUUUUCCACAGCUUUGGGGUGCUAGUUUAUGAAAAUCGUAGCCAUUGGCUCUUAUAUGCACUGACGCUGAUCGGGGCGGUAGGGGCAGGUUGUAACCGGAUUUUCCCUACAAAGUUGGCUUUUUGCCAGACUUGUGCAGGUUUUCCAGUUCACUGGCGAGAAACUCGUGCACGCUGCGAACUUCUGGGCAUUGAUGUUCUUCAUCCUCGCCCUUGCCAUGGCGACCUUCUAUUUUAUGCUGGGAUUUUCGUCGAAUUCGAUCUCGAUGGUGAGUCUACAUAUUCCCACAGACUUAAAGCAAAGCUUACUGUUCAGUUUGUCGUGUCCAAUGCUCGGGUGGAUUAUUUCUCCAGCCUAUUGUCCAAACCGGUGUCGUACUAUGACCGCGAGGAGAAUUCCUCCGGUAGUGUAAUUUCCAGACUCUCCACUGAUUCAAAGCAGUUACAGGAGAUGUUUGGUCCCACUGGUGUUUUUCCUCUCAUCUCGAUCUUCAACGUCAUUGGGUGUGUUGCAAUCUCCUUCGCCUUUGGAUGGAAGCUGGCGGCUGUCACCUUUUUUGCCGCCCUGCCAUUCUUAUUUCUCUCUGCCUUCAUGCGAAUUCGAUAUGAGAUCAAAUUCGAGAGCCUGAAUGCCGAAGUUUAUGCCGAUAGUUCCAAGUUCGCAACGGAAGCGGUUCGGGCCUUCAGAACGGUCACUGCUCUGACCAUGGAAGAUACAAUCUUGGAAAGAUACUCAAGGCUCCUGAAAGAACAGCGGCAAAAGGCCACCCGGAAGGCGUGGUACGCAACGUUAGUAUUUGCGUUUUCCGACAGUGUUGAGCUAUGUGCCAUGGCACUCGCCUUUUGGUACGGCGGCCAGCUCCUCGCGUCCCGCGAAUAUGACCCAGUUGCAUUUUUCGUCGUCUAUAUUGCCAUUAUUCAAGGAGGCCAAUCAGCUGGGCAAUUUUUCAGUUUUGGUCCAAAUAUUGCCCAGGCUAAGGCUUCUGCCAAUCGCAUAUUGGCUGCACGACUACCUACUGCGGGACAGCUUGAGCAUGUUCCGGUCGGGCCACUCUCUUCUUCGGAGUACACUCCCAGUCCCUCUGUUGAACUUCAAGAUAUCUCUUUUCGAUAUCCUUCUCGCGAGGUACCGACAUUUGUUGAUCUAAAUCUCUCCAUUAAGAGUGGUCAAUUCGUAGCAUUUGUCGGUCCUUCAGGCUGUGGAAAAUCUACGCUUGUCUCGCUACUCGAGCGCUUCUAUGACUGCACUAAGGGGACCAUUCUAUUUGGCGGCCGAGACAUCCGUUCCAUUGAACUGCCCUCUUACAGAAGUGCCUUGUCGCUUGUCGCCCAGGAGCCAAAACUCUUCGAAGGCACCAUCCGUGAGAAUCUCCUUCUCGGUCUGGAAGCCCCAAUUAACCCGAGUACCGAGGACCAAAUGAUUCAAGCAUGCAAGGACGCCGAAAUUUAUGACUUCAUAGUAUCACUGCCAGAUGGCUUCUUGACGGAACUUGGCGUCAACGCUCAGGCCUCAUUGAGUGGUGGGCAAAAACAGCGUCUUUGCAUUGCGCGAUCCCUGAUCCGAAAACCGCUACUUCUCCUUCUCGAUGAGGCUACAUCUAGUUUGGACUCUCAGUCGGAAAGCCUUGUACAAGGUGCUAUGGAGAGAUUAGCAAGCAAGCGAAACAUGACUAUCAUUGCGGUCGCGCACAGACUAGCAACCAUUCAGAAAGCCGACGCAAUUUUUGUCUUCGGAGAAGGGGCGUCUGGGCAGGGAUCGAGCAUUCUUGAGUCCGGAACGCAUCAUGAAUUGUUGCGCAGAAAGGGGGCUUAUUGGCAGAUGUGUCAAGCGCAAGCUCUAGACCGGUGA